GGGCGGCGCAUUGUGCGCGGGGCCGGGCCGCGGCCAUGGAGCGCUGGACCGGGCGCGUCGCGCUGGUCACCGGCGCCUCCGUGGGCAUCGGGGCGGCGGUGGCGCGGGCGCUGGUGCAGCACGGCAUGAAGGUGGUGGGGUGCGCCCGCAGCGUCGACAAGAUUGAGAAAUUGGCAGCUGAAUGCCAGAGUGCUGGCUAUCCAGGGACCCUCAUCCCAUACAAGUGUGAUCUCUCCAACGAAGAGGAGAUCCUAUCCAUGUUCUCUGCCAUCAAGACCCUUCAUCAAGGAGUUGAUGUCUGCAUCAACAAUGCAGGGCUGGCUCGCCCAGAGCCCCUGCUCUCAGGGAAGACAGAGGGCUGGAGGACCAUGAUAGACGUCAAUGUAAUGGCUGUGAGCAUCUGCACCCGAGAGGCCUACCAGUCCAUGAAAGAGAGGAACAUUGAUGAUGGGCAUAUUAUUAACAUUAACAGCAUGAAUGGCCACAGUGUUGUGCCACAGUCGGUGGUGCAUUUUUACAGUGCCACCAAGUAUGCAGUCACAGCCCUCACAGAGGGGCUGAGGCAAGAACUCAGAGAAGCGAAGACCCACAUACGAGCUACAUGUAUAUCUCCAGGACUGGUGGAAACAGGCUUUGCUUUUAAACUUCAUGAUAAUGACCCUGAAAGAGCUGCUGCAACCUAUGAGAGCAUUCGGUGUCUUAAAGCUGAAGAUAUGGCUAAUGCUGUCAUAUAUGUCCUCAGUGCCCCACCUCAUGUACAGAUUGGAGAUAUACAGAUGAGGCCCACGGAGCAGAUAUCAUAGCAAAUGAAGAGGACUGUGAGCAGCACCCUGUAUCCACUCCACUUCGAACCCUCUGGCAAUUUAGGGUUUCGUUGGCUGGCUAGCAACGUUGUAAUCAAGUACCAAGGAUCAUGUUUGAAGAAUUAUUUUUCUCUCCCUCUCUCUGAGCUGGUGCUGGUGCUGAGCCAGUUUUAAAAAAAAAUAGUAGUGGGUCUCUUUUCUCCCCCACUCCUUUCUGAAACUGCUUAAGAGUAAAACGUGUUUGAAAAUAAUGCAGGGAAGUGGUUUGUGGAAGAUUGUUAUCUCCAGGCUGGUUUAUUCUUCUUUAUGCUUUCUUUUCAAGGUUUGUUUGAUCUUAUUUGCUGAUGAUGUGUCUGGACAAAGGUGAAGUGGCACAAGAUGUUUGCCAGCUUCAGUGUGCUUAGGGUUUGAGAUUUUCAGUGGAUGUCAUACAUGAAUCCAUCUAUUUUUUUGGGUUUAUUUUCAUCAGAUUGAUUACUGAUGGUAGAUGCAUGUUUUAUUUUCUACUUCUUUCAUACUCUGCUACUCUAAACCCAGUGUACAAUCUCACCCACUUUCCCAAACCCUCCUUUCCCAUUUACAUGAAUCAUGCCUGCCAAGUCUGAGGAAGUAUAAAUGUGUGUGCUUGCUCUUUCUAUUUCUUUCUAGGUAGGUAGGUAAAUAGUUGGAAGAAAAGUACCUGUGCUCCUGCAGGUUAGAGUGAUCAUCUAAGUGGCAUAGUUCCAGUAAGAGUGAGUUGUUUGGUAUUUUUGAUAAAAACUAAAUGUGUGCUGUCUUGUGAUCACCUCUAUCCUUGGUAUCAUCUCCCAGCACUCUUGAUGUUUUUCUAUGUGAUAUUUGCAUGCAUUGACACUUUUUUGGAAGUAUUGGUUGGUCUUAGAAAGAUGCUGUUAAAUGCUGGUGCUGAUAAGCUGGAAGUGUUGAAAGUUUGUUUAUAUGCAGAGAUACAAACUCAGAGAGAGAGAGAGAGAGAGUGAAAUGAAGAGAUAUUAGUAGGGGCAUUUGCUUAUGAAGCAGCAGGUAAAAGGUCUGGGUCAGAUCUUGUACUAGUUCCACACUGGUGCAGCCCCCUUUUGUCUUGCUCUGGAUUUAUUCUAACUUGAGGGAGAAGAGAAUCAGUCUCAAAGCUGCUACAUGUAGGGCUGGAAACCACUUGAGUUGUCUUAAGACUCUUGCAGUGUGGCAGAAACACGUCUGUGUUUGGUCCAACUUGCUGCAGAGCUAUGGAGCUGUUAACAUGUAUGUUGCCUUAAGGUUUCAGACUCGCUCCUGCUGUGAUCUGGACUUUCUGUAGAGUUCUAGAAGGUGAACUGUUGACUGUUGGUUGAGGUGGAGCAGGUAUGGUCAGUUGAUUGGAGCAGGGGGACUGGGGGCCAGAGAAGCUUGGGUUGGAUUGUUUUGCUUAGACCAGUAUAGCUCUGUGGGAGUUCAUCUGUGUUACACCACCACAAGGGAGACCAGAAUUGGGCCACUACAUUGUGAGUUUCGACUCCCUAUAAAGCCUUGGGCAAGUCACUUUACCUCUCUGCCUCAGUUUCCCCAUCUGUAAAAUGGGGAUAAUAAUACUUACCUACCUCACAGGGGUGUUGUGAGGACUCACAAACUUUUGUAAAGCACUUUGAGUUUGAGAAGCGCUAUGUAAGUGCUGAGUGUUGAUAUGAAGUAUUAUUAUUAAUUAAAUCUUGUUAUAUGUAGAAUUCCUUGUGCCAAAGGUGAGCAACCGUAGAAGGAUACAAGGAGAAAGUUGGUAAAACAUUCCUUCGUAAUGGCAGAACAAAGGCAAUUUGCCCCUUGUUUUUUUUCUUUAUAAAUACACACUCAUGGUGUGUUCUGUGCAUUCCUCAUCUGGCAGGGGUUUCUGCUGGCAACUACACACAGCCUCAUCUUUGGGUUUGGCCUUUUAACUUACUGUGGGUGAAAUUCAGUCUCACACCACUGUUAAACCACCUUGCUUUGUGUGGGUUCUUUGCACAGAGCUUGGUUUCUCCCACAGCUUUGGGUUAGAUGGUGUCCUGCAAGGUGUGGCCAGUCCAGGUCUGCAUGCAGCCAGCGAUCCUCACGGCAGCAGAGAGCCUGAGCCAGCUGGAAGAGUUCUUCAGUCUCCGUGCUCAAUUUGGAGGCACCUGGGUAAGGAAGGCUCAAGCACUACUGUGCUUUUUUUAGAAUGCCCCUGCAAUGUUCAGCUAGACUUGGUAUGAAAACUCCUGAUGUUCUCUGUAGUUUCUUUUGGAGGAGCUUGUUGAAACUGAGCAGAUGUGCUGUGUGCCAUCUUAGAGAAGAUGGUUGAAUGAGGAGUUGGAGGCGAAAAAAAAAAAAGAGAAAUUAGGAACUUUGGAGGAGAAAAAAAAUCAGCAGGGUUGUGAGCAGCACUGGUGAAAAUACCUGAAUUGGUGGCCACAGCUGUGUACAAAGUUAAGCAGAUGUGGCAAUGCAUGGCUGAGGAGGGACCAAACUUAUCUCUGCUCUGUAAAACGCUUUGGAGAGAAUUGCUUAAGAUGUAUGGCCUUGAAAAAGCACCAGUCUGGGUAGUUGCUCCCUGCAAAUAAACCUGACUGACCUGCAGCCCUGGAAUUUUGUUGUUUUUUUUUUCUUCUCCAGGAACAUUUGUAACAUUUUGCAAGUCUAUAAAUAAUGUCAAAAAUGAUAUCCAGUAUAUUUUUCCAUUUCAAAUGUGUUUUCAGGGGAUAAUUCCUGCUGCCCGUUAACUUCCCGUGAGAAGUGUGGCCUGUGGAGGGGUUUGGUCUGGGUUGUUUGGCCACUUUGCCUCGUGUAACCUGGUGGCACCUCGAGCCAUCUUCCUGGGAUGAGAUGGGAAUGGCAGCACGACCUUGAGGCAAUUAAAACCCCAACCAGGAGGGUGAACUGUGUAACUUAUCAGUAGGUUUCUAAUUGUGAACUGUAAAAUAAAGAAUAAAAAGAGAGGCACAUUGUGGUU